AGCCUACUAAUUGACUCUGGAUUUUUACCCAAAUCUUAGGUAUAAAGGAAGUGUAUUAUGGCUGUUCAAAUGAUAAAUUUGGAGGAUGUGGAUCAAUUUUGUCCUUGCAUUCAAGUGACUCUGAGACACUCAUCAGUGGUAAUCCGCAAAAGAAGGGUUUCAAAUGUACUGGAGGAUUAAUGGCUUCUGAAGCAAUCUCUCUUUUGCGAAGUUUCUAUGAACAGGGUAACCCCAAUGGUAUGUAACCAUGUAGUAAAAUUUAAAGUUGAAUUUUGCUUACUUCCAACUAACAUGAGCUAUAGGUUAUUAGCUUCAGAACAUUGUUCUAUCAACAAUAUAUUAUGUUAUUGGAACAGAUCAUUCUAAUAACGUAUUAACUGCAAAUUCUAGUCUUGUUUGCUUGGGUUGGGAUGAGCUGUGUAGCAGGAGGAAAAGUUGAACUAUUUGUGUGACUUCUUCACAGGCAGACUCGUUUAACUUCCUGCUUUCUAUAUUCUGGUGUAUUUCAGCUCCGAAAUCCCACCGGCCUCUGGUUCAAAAGGCAGCAGAUUGAAAUGUGCAUAUAUUUGGUUUUGUUUGGAAGGCCUCUGGUUGUCAGACCGUGGUUUUGCCUUCAGCAUUGAUUUUUGUAUCUUCUUUAUUUAUUUUUAUUUUUAUUAUUUUGCAUUCUGGUAGGUAGCCUAGAAACUCAGGAUUAACAAUGUACGAAAAAAACUAAAAGAAUGAUGAUUGGAAGAAGUUCCAAUGUCUAUUUGUAUCAAGCACUGUGUAUUAUCAGGCUACAAUUACUGCAUUUUUAUGAUAAAUUCAGGUAUUUUCA